AUGGGCGGGUCCAGAGUUCAAGUCAAUAAGCCUCACAAGUCCCGUUUCUCUUCCAAGUCCUCUCGCAAUCUUCAUAAAACCUCUGUCAAGGACAGACUCGCAAUCGCAAAAACAGAGCGCAAUGUUGGCAAAGGAGCUCGUGCAGCUCGAAUUCAGAGAAGUAAAAUGAUACGUGAUCAGAAAAGGGCUGCGGUCUUGAAAGAGAAAAGAGAACUGAGUGGGUCGAGAAGUUCUCCUCGAGUCAUAGUUCUAUUUGCCCUCUGUGCUUCUGUGGAUUUAGAAUCACUUGCUGAUGAUCUCCUGUCAUUAUUAUCCAAAGAUAGCUGUGUGGUGCUGCAAGGAACCGUUGCUUCUUCUGAAUACAAGACAAGAAUAACGGUAUUGAAAGCACCUCAUGGUAAUCUACUAUCAUGCAUGGAAAUGGCUAAGGUUGCUGAUCUAAUGGUUUUCGUGGCCUCAGCAAAGUCUUUGUGUGAAGAAACUGACUCGAACUACAUUGACUCGUUUGGAAAUCAAUGCCUUUCUGUAUUUAGAUCUCUAGGUUUACCAAGCACUGCUGUGUUUAUCCGUGAUUUACCUUCUGAUCUUAAACAAAGAAAUGAACUGAAGAAGAUGUGCACAUCUAGUCUUGCCUCAGACUUUCCUGAGGAUUGUAAAUUUUAUCCAGCUGAUACAAAGGAUGAGCUACAUAAGUUCUUGUGGCUCUUUAAAGAGCAAAGGCUUAAAAUUCCUCAUUGGAGAACUCAACGAUCAUACCUCUUAGCUCAAAAGAAACUUAAUAUAGUUUUUGAAAGAGAUACAAGGGAUGUAGAGCUUAUUGUAAGGAUUGAACAUGAGAUGAUCUUGCUCAGGGAGGAGCUUGAGACAACAUUUAGCAAUGGAACUGGGCGUGGAAGUGUGAUGAUUAUGAUUGUAGUUGUUGAGUCGAAGGAUCCUCCUGUUGUUAUAAAUAGAACAAAGAAUUCAUUUGUUGGUGCACUAUACAAGGACAACUCUGAAAAAUGCACCCUGUUUCUCACUGGUUACCUUCGUUCUCGAAGCCUCUCUGUCAACCAACUGGUGCAUGUUUCAGGUGCAGGAGAUUUUCAAUUGUCUAAAAUUGAAGUUCUAAAGGAUCCUUGUCCUCUGAAUUCAAGGAAAAAUCAGGACCUAAUGGAUGCAGAUGAAAUGAAUGAGGUCAUUGGUUCUCUUGUGCCCGAUCCACUAAACCAUGAAGCUUUAGUUGUCGAGAAUAUUCCUGAUCCUCUUGCUGGAGAGCAGACGUGGCCAACUGAGGCUGAAAUGGCUAAGGCUGAUGAAGACCAAAAAAAAAAGAUGAUAAGAAAGAGGAGUCUUCCCCGUGGCACCUCAGAAUAUCAGGCUGCUUGGAUUGUCGAUGAUUCUGAUGAGGAGUCUGAUUGUGAUGAUAAAAAUGAUGAUGGUAUGGUGGGGGAAGGUGAAUAUCCUGGUCAAGAGGAAAAUAAGUAUUCAGAAUUUGAUGGCGAUGAUGCAUCUAUUGGAUUUGGAGAUUCUGAGGAAGAAACUGACAAUGAUUCAGUGAUGAUGGAAGUAGAUAACUUUACCAAAGAAAAGAUACAAGACGAACUCAAGGAACUUAAAGAAGCACAUGCUGCAGAUGAAGAAUUUCCGGAUGAAGUGGAUACACCAUUGGAUGUUCCUGCUAGGAAGCGGUUUGCAAAAUACAGGGGACUCAAGUCCUUCAGGACUUCUUCAUGGGAUCCUAAAGAAUCUCUACCCCAAGAUUAUGCCAAAAUUUUUGAAUUUGAUAAUUUUAAAAGAACACAAAAACAUGUUCUUGCUAAAGCUUUAGAAUUGGAUCAAGAAAAUUGGGAGCACUGUAUUCCAGUUGGCUCAUACGCCAGGUUGCAAAUCACUGGAGUCCCCAGUGCUGUUGCUUCAAAGUUAUGUUUGCUUUCAAAUACAAUCCCGAUUACAGCAUGUGGCCUGUUGAAACACGAGUCCAAAGUAUCUGUCCUUCAUUUCAGUGUGAAGAAACAUGAAACAUAUGAGGCACCCAUCAAAUCCAAGGAAGAAUUAAUUUUUCAUGUUGGUUUUAGGCAAUUUGUUGGCAGACCAGUUUUCUCUAGUGAGUUCAUAAAUACUGACAAGAACAAGAUGGAGAGGUUUCUCCAUGCUGGGCGUUUUUCAGUUGCUUCAAUAUAUGCACCAAUUUCUUUUCCUCCUCUUCCUGCAAUAAUACUAAAGAAAUCUGGAGAGAAUGUUGAACCUGCGGUGGCUGCUGUUGGCUCACUGAAAACUGUUGAUCCAGAUAGGAUAAUCCUUAAACGAGUUAUUUUGACAGGUUACCCCCAAAGAGUGUCGAAACGUAAAGCUUCUGUGAGACACAUGUUUUAUAAUCCAGAGGAUGUUAAAUGGUUUAAGCCUGUCGAACUAUAUACCAAGCGUGGCCUCCGUGGGCGAAUUAAAGAACCAGUUGGUACCCAUGGAACAAUGAAGUGCCUUCUCAACGGGGUUCUUGAACAGCGUGAUACUGUAUCGUUGAAUUCUGUUAUCGCCAGUCAAGCAAUUCAGAAGUGUAAAUUGAUUGGGAAUGAAGCUUUGGUUCAGAUUGACUUCCUCCUAUGGGGAUGCAGUUUUGUGACAAUUUAUUUUCUUUUCUCCACCGCCAAGGGUGAUGCUUGA